AGGAGGAGGCCGCGGCGCAACUCCCUCACGGAGGAGGACGGCAGCCAGGAGUUCUCCACCCGCAGCCGCUUCCUCUACUAUCUCUUCAGCCUGGGCACGGAGCUGGGCAACGAGCUCUUCUACAUCCUCUUCUUCCCCUUCUGCAUCUGGAACUUGGACGCCUGGCUGGGCCGGAGGCUUAUCAUCAUCUGGGUGUGGGUGAUGUACCUGGGGCAGUGCACCAAGGAUGUCAUCCGCUGGCCGCGGCCUGCCGCCCCGCCCGUGGUGAAGCUGGAAGUCUUCUACAACUCGGAGUACAGCAUGCCCUCCACCCACGCCAUGUCGGGCACGGCCAUCCCGCUGGCGCUCCUGCUACUCAGCUACGGCCGCUGGCAGUAUCCCCUUAUGUUUGGACUGAUCCUUGCAUUCUGCUGGUGUUCUUUGGUUUGCUGUAGUCGAAUUUAUAUGGGAAUGCAUUCAAUUUUGGAUGUUAUUGCUGGAUUUCUGUAUGCUAUUCUUAUCUUGGUUGCCAUCCAUCCACUUGUGGACCUGAUCGAUAACUUCAACUUAACUUACAAAUAUGCACCCUUAAUUAUCAUCAGUCUCCAUUUAGCCCUGGGCAUCUUCUCUUUUACUUUAGACACCUGGAGUACAUCACGGGGAGACACAGCUCAGAUACUGGGCUGUGGUGCUGGAGUAGCCUGUGGCUCUCAUGUUAACUACGUAAUGGGUCUAGAGCUAGAUCCUCCUCCCGAUACGUUACCUUUAUCUCUUUCCUCUCUCACUGUGACUGUGUUUGGAAAAGCCAUACUGCGGUUGUUGAUUGGAGUAAUAGUUCUGUUGUUAACAAAAGUAGCAAUGAAAAAAGCCACUAUUCCACUGGCGUGUAAAAUAUUCCGCAUACCACAUGAUGAUAUACGGAAAGCAAGACAACGCAUGGAAGUUGAGCUUCCCUACCGCUAUAUUACAUAUGGAAUGGUUGGGUUCUCCCUUAUGUUUAUUGUUCCUUGCCUCUUCCAUUUUAUUGGUCUUUCUUGA